UUGUUACUCUAUCAUCAGGAGAGGAAGAAUGGCGAAAACCAGUCAAAAAGAACUGUUUGACAAGGUCAUGAAAAAAGAAUGGACAGAGGUUGUGAAAAUGUACAAGCAAAACUUGGGACUUCACACAGCCAAGAUCACUAGUUCUGGGGACACAGCAUUGCACAUAGCUGUCUCAGAAGGAAGUGUAGAUAUGGUUGAACAACUUAUUAAAGUGCUGGAUUCCAAGGGCAUGAAGGAUGCUCUAAAUAUUCAGAACGAGCAUGGCAACACGCCUCUCCAUUUGGCUGCGGCCAUGGGAAAUAGGGCCAUGUGCAAAUGCAUAAUUGAAGUGGAUGAAAGUCUGGUGGAUAAGCGGAAUGAAGACAGCCAUACACCCCUCUUCUUGACCGCUCUCCACGGGAAAAAGGAAGCUUUCAUUUUUCUCCUUGAAAUCUGCGAACAACAAGGAAUAAAGAGAUACUAUCGAGGAAAGAGUGGUGAAACCAUUCUCCACUGCGCCAUUAAUGGAGAAUACUUCGAAUUGGCAAUACUUAUAUUGGAACGGCAUGAAGAGCUUGUGGCCUACAUGAACGAAAGAGGAAUGUCACCUUUCCAUCUCCUGGCCAGUAAGCCUCAAAUAUUCAGAAGUUGUACUUACUUCACCUGGCUGGAAAGAAUUAUCUAUUCUUGUAUAACUGUCAAAAUGCUGCUGCCAGAACAAGAUCAGAUCAUGAACCAAAUAGGUCAAGAAUCAAGGAAUAUUGAAGCUCCAAGCGUUCAACAGUUUCCAUCAAAUUAUAGCACAUGCUGCGACUUCUUGAAUUGUAUAUAUCAUGUUCUAUUGGUUUUCUAUGGAUGGGUCUCUCAUUCAAGAGCUACUGGGGAAAAUGCAAAAAACUCUGGCUCAAUGAGGGAUGCGGAGAACCCUAACGAAGAUAAUGCAAAAAGACAUGGCCAGGCGGGAUUGGAGGGGAACACAAAAGAACUGCCUCAAGGUCAAGAAUCAAGGAAUAUUGAAGCUCCAAGCGUUCAACAGUUUCCAUCAAAUUAUAGCACAUGCCGCGACUUCUUGAAUCGUAUAUAUCAUGUUCUAUUGGUUUUCUAUGGAUGGGUCUCUAAUUCAAGAGCUACUGGGGAAAAUGCGAAAAACUCUGGCUCAAUGAGGGAUGCGGAGAACCCUAACGGAGAUAAUGCAAAAAGACAUGGCCAGGCAGGAUUGGAGGGGAACACAAAAGAACUGCCUCAAGGAGCGGAGAACCCAAAACAAGACCAACAUGAAGGUCAGUGUGCCUGCAUUUCAGGAGCAGAGAACCCAAAACGAGACCAACAUGAAGGUGAAGGUCCACAAAAAUUCCCACCAAAUUAUCGAACAUGCUUCGAGCUGAUGAAGCUUGUAUAUAAACUAACGCUGGUUAUCCUUGGAUUGGGAUACAGCGACAUACAGAAGAUUAAGGACGUAAAAGAGAAGCACGUAUGGUCUGUUCAUAUCCUCGAAAAAAUGCUUAAAAGUACUAAGAUUUACGAGUAUGAUGCUGCUGGAAGGUCCGGAUCAGAAUCCCAAGAAGAAGAAACUUCAGUUACGAAAGCUCUCGAAUCUCCAAAUGGGGAAACUAACCAAAAUACCAUAGAGGCCAAAAAUAAUGGUCUGGACAAAACUGAUAAAACAGCGAUGAAAAUUGAUAGAAAAGAGACGCCAUUACUAACCGCAGCAAAGAAUGGUAUCAAAGAAAUUGUGGAGAGCAUCCUCGAGCAUUUUCCAGUUGCCAUCCAUGACACGAACUCAGAGAAGAAGAACGUUUUGCUGUUGGCAGUGGAGAAUAGACAACCCUCUCUGUAUGAUCUCUUAAAACAGAAAUAUAAUAACGAAAGUGUAUUUCAUGCAGUGGAUAUUGAAGGAAACAAUAUCUUGCAUCUUGCUGCAAAUUACAAUAAGUCUAUGAAUCCUUGGAUUAUUCGAGGUGCUGCAUUGCAAAUGAAAUGGGAAAUCAAAUGGUAUGAGCAUGUGAAGAGUUCCAUGCCACCAAACUUGAUGUUGUAUAACAAUGCUGGCAAGACCGCAGUGGAGAUCUUCACAAACACACAUGAAGAACUCGUAGAACAAGGUGGAAAAUGGCUAUAUAAGACCUCGAGUUCAUGCUCGGUUGUAGCAGCGCUUAUUGCAUCUGUUGCCUUUACAACAACAGGCAAUGUUCCAGGAGGCGUAGAGAAAGGGAAACCAGUUCAUGGAAAGGAACUAGCAUUUCAAGUGUUUUCAAUUUCAUCACUAAUUUCUCUUUGCUGCUCAGUCACCUCCUUGGUAAUUUUUCUAGGGAUUCUCACCUCUAGAUACCGAGAGAAUGAAUUUAAGACGGCCUUGCCAACGAAGCUUCUGGGGGGUUUGUCGUUACUUCUGAUCUCCAUAGCAGCUAUAUUGGUGUCUUUCUGCGCAGGCCACUUCUUCAUUGUGGAUGAUCAGUUUAGAUCUGUGGCGGUUCCAAUCUAUGCAGUCACCUGCCUGCCAGCCGCAGCAAUUUUCGCCCUGGGCCAUUUACCUUUAUACAUGGAUCUCAUAUGUGCCAUUCUUAUGAAGGUCCCAACCAUUUUUUAUAAUGGAAGGUAUACUCCGUUGGGGAGUGAAACUUGAUUUAAGAAGUUUUUAAAAACUAUAAUUUUACUUAGUUUUUAAAAUUUAAUUAAAAUAUUUUAUUUUGAGUGAUUGAUGUAGUUUCUUAUAUUUUGGGUGUUUUGUCCUGGAAGGUUUCUAUCUUGUUACAUCAAAGCAUUUAUAUAUAUUUGAACAAGAAGGGUGUAAGACAAUAAUUUUUUUAA